CAACAAUUAUAUUGUCCGUGUAAGUGCCAUUUGGGUGUGAAAAAUGCAAAAAAUUUCACUUUCACUGAAAAUAUCGUCGUCGUAAUACAUGUUAUUGUUUUGAAACACUAAUAUUUGUGUUCAGCGAAGUCUUACGAGUAAAACAGUACCCCCAAUAUACAGGUUUUAUGGUGUCUUGGAAAGUUACAGGGUUAAAUAUAGUGCUAGCAAAUUAAAUUCCCUGGACCUUUGGCCUGGGUUGUCAGGCUGGUCCUGCUAAUUGUAAUUCAUAAAAUUACCUAAUUAUGUAAAAUUAUAAAUAUAUACGUAGCAUUGUGUGUGUGUGUGUGUGUGUGUGUGUAUAUAUAUAUAUAUAUAUAUAUAUAUAUAUAUAUAUAUAUAUAUAUAUAUAUAUAUAUAUAUAUAUAUAUAUAUAUAUUUUUUUUUUUUUAUUUGUGUGUAUAUAUAUAUAGAUAUAUACUUAUGUAUAUAGAUAUAUAUUUCGUUCUACGUGUAUUUUGAUAUCUAUAUAUAAAUUUUAAAAUACAGUUAGAACGAAUUUAGACAUAUAUAUUUUAUUUUUUAAAUUCUUUUUAACGUAUUUACAGAUUUAUUUUAUAUUAUAAUGAAAAUUGUAUAUUUAAUCUAUCAUUGUACAUGUAUUUUGAUAUUAAUAUAGUUAUAAUUAUAUAUAUAUAUCCAUAUUAAAAUACACGUACACAGUGUGUGUGUGUAUGUGUAUAUAUAUAUCUUAGAUCAUAUAUAUUUAAAAUUAAAUAUAUACUUAGAUCAUAUAUAUAUAUAUAUAUAUAUAUAUAUAUAUAUAUAUAUUUAAUAUAAGUGAUCUAAGUAUAUAUUUAAUUUUACACUGUUUUAAACACUUUUUUUUUUUUUUUCAGACAGCAGGGGGAGUACCUGGCAUUACAGGCACUCCCCCUGCUGGCACUGACAUGGCUAUGCCGUCCAUGUGAUCGUGAGGUCCUCGCAAGGACCUCAUGAUCACAUGGUCCAGGGGGGCUGAAGAGGACGGUGGUGGACUCCCAGGUAAGUCCCAAUACCGCGAUCGUCUGAGUGGGAUCACCGGCGACCGGGUAAAUAGGACGGUUUGUGCGUUCAAUGCCGCCCUCUGGUGUUUAGAGCCGGUUCCUUAAGGACAGCAUAGAACACCUGCCGUCUGUAAGGGGUUAAAUCCAGAUGAAAAAAGUGGAAUAAUUACCCAGCGUAGCUAUAGUAGCAACAGGUCAUUUUUUACUCUGUUUUGCUCUCUGGAUUUAAUUUGCAAGAAUCUGAAGUUUGGUGCCUUGCCCUCUAUCAUUCCGCAUAGUGUGUGUGGUGACGAGGUGUAAUGAGUGUGUGUGCACUGUGAAGGCUGCAUGUCAUUUGUGUGUGGUGUAUGCUGGCUGUAUGUAGUGUGACGUGUGUUCUGGCAGUGUAAAAUGUUGCUUUUUAGGUAUAUAAAUGUUCAAUACAUGGUGGGACCCACUCUUCAAAGCAGAAUCCCAAUUAAGCAGUAGGUGCUAUUUAGUUACAGUGAUAGGGAAGCUGAAACCCUCAAAGAGAAGCGUUUAUACAAUGCAUUUAUUAGGUAGAAAAAUAAAUAUUCUUAAUCAUUGGCAGGGGAGACUUAAUUACCUAAACUAAAUGCUUCCUACAGUAAUUGGUAUAUUUACUCCCUACUGACAGGUAUUUUUUCGCUACUUCAGCUUUCCCAUUUCACACUUUCUUUAUCUAGAUCCCUAGUGGUCCAGUGGUGAGUCUGCCACAUCCCUGUUACUAACCACCAGGUUUAAAGGACCACUAUAGGCACCCAGACCACUUCAGCUUAAUGAAGUGGUCUGGGUGCCAGGUCCAGCUAGGGUUAACCCUUUUUUCUAUAAACAUAGCAGUUUCAGAGAAACUGCUAUGUUUAUAAAUGGGUUAAUCCAGCCUCCAGUGGCUGUCUCUUGACAGCCGCUAGAGGCGCUUGCGUUCUUCUCACUGUGAAAAUCACAGUGAGAAGACGCCAGCGUCCAUAGGAAAGCAUUGUGAAUGCUUUCCUAUGGACUGGCUGAAUGCGCGCGCGGCUCCUGCCGCGCAUGCGCAUUCAGCCGAAGAGGAGGAAAAGAGGGAGGAGAACUCCCUGCCCGACGCUGGAGAAAGAGGUAAGUUUAACACCUUCCUCUCCCCAGAGCCUGGCGGGAGGGGGUCCCUGAGGGUGGGGGCACCCUCAGGGCACACUAGUGCCAGGAAAACGAGUGUUUUCCUGGCACUAUAGUGGUCCUUUAAAGGGACACUGUAGGCAUCCAGACUACUUCAUCUCAUUGACUUGGUCUGGGUUCAAUUUACCCCUCUCCUUUAAUCCUGCAGUUUAAAUUAUUGCUGUUUUAUAGAAAUUGCAAUGAUUACAUUGCAGGACUAAGACUGCCUGUAGAGGCUUUCAGACAGUCACUAGAGGCACUUCCUGCUUGCUAGGCAACUCUUGGUCGCCUAACUGACGGUCGUCCUCGCGCUCUGCAUGAGGACAUCCAGCGACCCAUUAAAUCUCUAUAGGAAAGCAUUGCUUCAAUGCUUUCGUAUAGGAAGGAACGAAUAUGCUUGCCACACCAUGUGGAGGAGGCGGCGGGCCAAGGCAGCGCCGAGGGAGAUCAUUGCUGGAAUGGUGUACAGAAAUAGAAACCCUUCCAUAGUUGGUUUGCUUGGGGGGUGCAGAGGGAAAAUAGUGUAAGGAAUACAACUUAGUAUUCCUUACAUUAUAAAAUCCAUUUUAACCCCUUAAGGACCAAACUUCUAGAAUAAAAGGGAAUCAUGACAUGUCACACAUGUCGUGUCCUUAAGGGGUUAAUCAUGAUUGACAGUGAGCCAAGAUGGAAGUACCAUGUUACACGAUUGCGGUAUAGCUUUCUUUCUUUUAUUUUUUUUUUAAAUCUCCAUGCAAGUAAACCCAAUACAAAUCCUGGGAAGUAAGUUGCCCUUUACACUAAAACAGAGUUAGCUUCAGCAAACAAGACACUGCUUACAUUAUGGCAAUAACCAUGGAAGCCAAUAGAAUUGCUAUUUACAUUACAACUAAUCCUUUAUUAUAGUGUUUUAAUUUAAGAAACCAAAAAAAGUAAAAUGCCUCUUAUUUAAUUCAUGAUUCCAAACUAAAAAUGUGAGUUAUUAGUAUUUUUGGCAAAUUUUCAAAGUAUUUUUGGUUUUGUGCUGUAGUUUUGAAUUGGUGUUUUUUGUCAUCUUUAGUAAUGUUACAGCCGUUUGAAUAUGACCCAAGUGAAAAGAGUAAACAUAAGUUUAUGGUACAGACUAUAUUUGCGCCAUCAAACACAACGGAUAUGGAAGCUGUGGUAAGUAAGGAAUGAGAUCCAGCAUUUGCUUGUGUACCUUAUCUUUAAUAGAUUUUAAAAUGUUAUGUAUGUGGCUUUCUAAGCAGAAUAUUUAUUUUCCUUUUCGUUACUUUUUGAAUAUUGAUUGUGUCUUUGCCCUGCUUUCUUGUGUGGCUAAUAUUCAGAUUUGAGAUUUAUGACUAUUGUUGGAUUUUAUUUUCCCAUGUGGGAUUGAGCAAGGGAAUCCUGGCCCAAAAUCAAAGUUUCCACUUUCUGAAAUCUCUACAGAUCUCUUGUCAAAAGGUAGCGCUAUUAACACAUGGUUAAUUAAAGGACCACUACAAGCACUAUAGCUAGUAGUGAUUAUUGUGCUGGGGUGCCCUGGCACUGUCCCACACUGUUAUUUAAUCAUUUUAGUAAGGUGUAGAAUAAAGCAGUUCCAGUCUAGGACAGUGUUCAUUGAUUGAGUGCUCAGAUUUUCUCAACCAAUGAGCAUUUUCCAGCAUUAUCAUCCUGUAGAAAAACAGAUACAGGUGCUAUGACGAUGGAUGCCUGGUAGGACCAUAGUCAAAUUAGUGUUAAAAUGGUUUGACAACUUACUGUGACUCCUUGCAUCAUAACCACUACAAUGGACUUUACAUGUUAUGGUGUUUAGAGUGUUCCUUUUUAAACUAUUUGACAAAAUGGCUGUCAGUUUGUGUUUAAGACUCUCCAUCACCUUGUAAUCUUUAAUUCCAUGUAAAAAAAAAAAAAGUUUUGGUUUCUUUGUUUGAAGUGGACGUGAUCGUAUCUUAUCUCACCCCAGUAAAUCCUAUUGAAGCAUAGUGCAACAGACUGAAGGUAAAAUAAAAACUUCUGCUGCCAUUCUCUAUUCGGGGGAACGUCCCCACCAAACGAUGCCUAGGCUGAUUGAACAUCUGCAAAACAGAGCAUCUAUAGAAGUUUGCGUGCAUUCAGACAUUUCUUCAAUAGUACAAUUCCCACUGGGUUAAUGUAAUAUAAAUGACCAAAAAGCAAUAUACACACACUCACUCAUCCACACACACACACUCAAAAGUCGUAAACCGUUAAACAUUCUUUACUACCAAAAUGCCAGUCUUUGCACAUUUAACAAGAUGUCUUUUUUAACUGUACGCUUUUUUUGUUUCCACGCUCUGUCUGUAGUCAUAGCAUCUCUCCCAUGGUCCUGUCGAAUGUUUAAAAAAGAGAAGCAUUUGAUUAUACCGUUUUACCAGAUCGCAAUGCAUGUGAGAGGAAGCAGUGGGGGCUGGGCAAGGGAGGGAAAGGGAUGUUUAAAAUAAAAAUAAACACAUCCUAUUAACAGAAGGGCUGUGUCUAAGGGAGCACAUAGAUGGAGGGGAGAUCAUGCUUUCCUUUACAGGCUCAGAAGCCUAGGCUGCCCAAGUCAUGUGUGCCAAGGAUGCAUCCUGCACAAAAGGGCCAAUAUCUCUAUAUGUGCAGUGUUUCAUGCUGCACAUACAACCCCUCUUAUCACAAUGACCACAUCUAAAAGCGGAAGUGGUAAUUGGGAUUGGGGUUAACUAAAAUCACUCUAUUUAUUUUGGUCCUUGAACAUGACUCAUUUGCACUUCAAGUGGUUCCAGCAAUUUGUUUUUGGUUCAACCGUUAAAUCCAUUUCUAGGACAUACUUUUCAUGACAGUUACAUGGCCUGCAAGGAUACAAAGAAUUUUUAAUUAUUGCCUCUUUUCGUUAGUUCGUAAUGCAGUUUUUGUUUGUUUUAAAUCUUUAUAGAUUUGUAGCAGAUAAAAAGUGGUUCCUCUAAACUUCUGAUUUUCCUACUGCAGUGGAAAGAAGCAAAACCGGAUGAUCUCAUGGAUUCAAAGUUAAGAUGCGUGUUUGAUAUGCCACAUGAACAUGAGAAACCGGUAAGUUUAUCUUAAUGGCAAAUAGAAGCAUAUAUUAUUAACCACAUCUUGAGCAUUUUCUAAAUAUUGUCUGGUACUCAGCAGAUGUUAACGAAAAUGGAAAUUAAGAUUAACAGACAGCCUUGAGACGUAUGGGUACAUGAUUUGAAAGAAGGCACUGAUGCAUGCUUAUACAUUGUUUUUAUUAUGCUUUAAUGGAAAGUGUAGCAAUAUUAGUCUUUGUUUUCAGAAGAGGAUCAUGUCCACAUUGAGAAACCCUGUAUUUCUCAAAUAUGGUGAAAUACAGUUAGUGACUGUUUUGUUACCUAUUUGCAGCCAUACAUGUGUUUCAAAUACCAGAACAUGAUUAAGAUCUAAAUACAAAGUUUAAGUUUGAGCUUCUUCGUGAGUGAAAAGUAAGUAAUGUUAUUUUCUUACAGAAGCACACAAUAAUUCAUCAAUAAAUAUAGACAGAUAUUCUGAGUCUCUGUUAUAGUAUGUGUAUCUAGUGUGUAUUUUCUUUGCCACUUGUUUGCUUAGCAUAAAUCCUGACUUUUUUUUUUUUACAGGUACAUGACUCCAACAAAAUGUUUUCUAGUCUGCCUGGACCAAAAGGUGGCAGUGCUUCUAUGGAUGACACUGAAACACGAAAGCUAUUGGAGGAGUGUAAGAGAUAUCAGUCUGAGAUAAUGAAACUAUCGGAGGAAAAUCAAGUUCUGAAAGUAAGACAUCAUUCUUGUGACUUAUUUUAUUUCUGUGUGUAUGUACGGAUGUGUACAUUAAGAGUCAUGGGAAAAAGAAAAUACACCCUCUUUGAAUUCUAUGGUUUUACAUAUCGGGGCAUAAUAACAAUCAUCUGAACCUCAGCAGGUCUUACAAUUAGAUAAAUACAACCUUAAAUAAAUCAUGACAUGGUUUAAUAUGUCAUGUGUUAUUUAUCUCACAAAAAUUAAGCCAAAAUGGAGAAGCCAUAAAUGUAAAACGAAGUACAAACUUACUGCUUGCAUAGGAAUUAAGAGGCUGAGUAGCAGUCAGAUGCAGCUAAUCAAAUGCUCUUGAACUGAUCAUUAGCAAAGAGGCAGAAGCCUCUUCCCUCAAAAAAGAACAUAGCACUGCUUAGGUUUGCAAAGUUGCAUCUGAACAAACCACAAGACUUCUGGAACAAUGUCCUUUGGAGAUAUCCAUGCAAACAUCUCAUACCAACUGUCAAGCCUUUUGGAGAGGUGAUAAGUUUGGCUUGUUUUGCAGCCACAGGACCUGGGAACCUUAGUCAUUGAGUCAAGCAUGAACUCCUCACAUGUCACAUGUGAGGCCAUCUGUCUGACAACUCAAGCUUGUCCAAAAUUGGGUCAUGCAACAGGACAAUUCUUGCAAGCACACCACCAACUCUACAUCUGAAUGGCUGUAAAAGAAAGUAUCAUAGUUUUGCAAUGGCCCAGUCAAAGUCCAGAUCUCAACCCAAUUGAAAUGCUAUGGAAGGAACUUAAGAGAGCUGCACAUAAACAAUUGCCAGCAAACCUCAAUGAACUGAAGCAACGUUGUAUGUGGGCCAAAAUUCCUCCACAACGAUGUAAGAGACUAAUAAAACAUACAGAAAAUGAUUACUUCAAGUUAUUGCUGCUAAAGGUGGUACUACAAGCUAUUGAAUUAUGAGGUAUAAUUAAGUUUUUCCACACAUGGCUUCUCCAUUUUGGCUUUAUUUUUGUUAAAUAAAUCAUGACCUGAUGUAAUCGGUCAUGUGCUGUCUUUCAUCUAAGGUUGUAUUUACCUAAUUUUAAGACGUGCUAAAGAACUGAUGAUUAAGUCCUGAAUGAUUAAGUCAUACAAUUCAGAGGCAGUACUUAUACAGGUCUGACUUUCCAAUACAAAUUUUCAGUUUAUUUUGUGGCACUUUCCUCAGACCAGUGUUUGUUAUGGAGUCUUGAAUGAGCCCUAGGCAAUUAGUUAAAUUUUAACUAUAAUUUCUAUUUGUAUAGUGUAAGUUCUCUAGCUUUGCUAUGCUUAAUUUGUGGUAGGCAUCUUGUAAAAUGUUAUUCUUGAUGAAGCUUCUAGCUGGAGACAUAAAGGAAGAGUGGAUUGCUAAUCAUAAAUGUCUUACUUUACAGUAUUCAAAAUAGGUGUUAUUUUUGUGUGAGGGACACUACUAAAUAAAUUGUGUAUAUGUGUGUGUGUGUGUGUGUGUGUAUAUAUAUAUAUAUAUAUAUAUAUGUGUGUGUGUGUGUAUAUAUGAGAGAGAGAUCUUUUUUUUUUUUUUCGUCCUAUAAUAUAUAACUCCGUUAUUGCUAAUGAUAAAGAUGACAAAAUCCUGUUUGCAUAUACAUGCGCACUAUUCACUGAGUUGUAUUUUAAUAUGUAUUUUAUUUCUUUGUUGUUCAGUAAAACCCACUUUUUUUUUCUUUUUUCCUGUUUUCAAGGAUGAAAGCCUUCGGAUGAGGAAGGCCGUUACAGAGAAGUCAUCCAAAGCAAUGCUAAGAGAACAAGGCAACCCUAUUCCAUCACUUGUUGUCGUUAUUGCUGCUAUUUUCAUCGGUUUCUUUUUAGGGAAGUUCAUCUUGUAAAUUAAAGCAUGAAGUGCUCACCUCCCACUUCCCCCCCACCUUUUUCUUUUCUUUUUCUUCCUGGCCAGAAAGUUGUUUACCUACCAUAUCAUUGGUAGCAUUGGCCCAACAUGGCUAUUUUGUGUACAGCAUCUUGUAGGCUUACCGCCUUUAAUAAUCCAACAAUUAGACAAACAGAAUAAAGGAAAAACUCUUCGGCUAUGGGACAGAAUUGUAUAUUCAUAUAACAUCAUCAACAAAUGUCUGUCAUACAUUCGUUCCUUAAUGGAAACAAAUUGUAAUCAUACUUUGUGGUUUUACGAAGUUUAAACAUGUUUUUUGUAAAUGUUGUUUUAAUCCUUUUAAAUUUUAUCUUUUGCCAUUACCUUUUUUGCAAUAUGAUUUUGUUAGAUUGCUAAUAUGGUUCAGGUAUAAAACUGCUAUCUUGGGAUGGUGUCUUUUCAAUGUAAAUUCUAUUUUUUAAUUUAAUUAAUAUAUCUAUAUAUAUAUAUCUAUAUAUAUAUCUAUAUAUAUAUCUAUAUAUAUAUAUCUGUAAUGGCUGCUUAAAUUCUCCAUCUCAUGCAGUUUUAUUUUUCCUUGUCCAAUUUUCUUUGAUUUCCUGUACAGUAACAUUGAGUGGAAUUAAUCAAGCCAAAAUAAAGAACAAAAACUACUAUAUGUAUAUACAAAAUAUACAUAAAAAAGAGGCAGUACAUCUGUUCGGAACCAGAGUGCCAUGAACAUGCUCAAUAUACAAAUCCAUUUGGACCUGAAGUUAUUUUCUGGAGGAAUCUGCUUUUGUUCCUUGUCCAAUGGAUCUUGACAUUCCCAUGAACAAAGACCAAAACGUUUGAUUCUUCCAGUGUAAUAUAUAUGUUGUACUUUAGUAGAGUUUUGAGAAACUCAGAGAUUAGGAUCAUAUUAUUGGGAAUAAUGUAUAAAGAGCAGUUGAAGGUCAAAGUUCAAACAAAUUAAGAGGUUAGUAUGGAAACAGAAUGGUAAUAUUGAUUGCACACACAGUACUUUGCCCAGUAGUUCAAUUUUAUAAAUAACCCACUUUUCCUUUUGGCUAUCACAACCAUAGGUGCAAUGAAAAUGUGUGAAGAUAUCAGUAUUGAGACCUUUCUUCUUUGCCCGUGCACACAUACAAAUAGAGAUUCUGCUUUUAGGUCCUCGAACCUUGUUCUAACAAUUGUUUAGUUAUAUGCAUUUCUUUUAGAUUACGCUCUUGUGGUUCAAGACUUUGCCAUCCUCUUCGAAUAGCUUCUUUCCAUCUAAAUCUGGUUAAAAUUCAGUACAUCUUUGUUGCUAGUUAAGUGGUUACUUUAAUCCAAACAGACUUUUCUUGUAAAAUCUAAUCAAACUUCGAGUAAUGAAGCAUGAUGUUUGGUGUAAUAUAUUUUUGGACUAAAAGUUCUGCAUUUUUUUUUUAUUUUUUAUGCUGGACUUUUUGAUGCAGAUGUUUGAAAGCAAAUGCGGAGUUCUAAUACACACUACAAAACAAAGAUGUCUAGCAUAACUUUUCUUGCACUCAGCUCUGUACAGGCUGCGUAUUAUUAGUGGCAGAAUAUGAAUAUGUUGGAUUCCCCAUCUUUUAAAAAUCUGUUGUGCCUUCUUUAUUUCUGUGUCCUCUUUCAUGCACGGAUUCUGCAUGAUGUUAUUUUGCACAUAACUAUCAUAUGGUGAAUUAUAUAGAAAAGUCUAGUGUUCUGUAGUAUUGAGUUUGGCAUCGGUUACCUUUUAGAUUGCUUGACGCUUUGAGCUGGUCACCUCUAUUAAAAGCUAAACACAGACUACUAUACUAAUGGACACCUUACUUUCAUUUUACGUCAGCAUUGUGAAGUCAGUUUUGUCUGAUUUCAGUCAUUCAUACGUAAUGCUUCCUAAGGUGUGUUGUUUUUUGUUGUUGUUUUUUUUUCCCAGCCAAAGGACCACAUAAACAUUGAUAGAAAUAUUUGCAAGAGAGAAUGCAUUAUUAAAGUACCUAGUAACCUAUUUAAUGCAAAGUAUAAAAUAGAGGAACUUUUCAUAUUAACUCCAUGCUAGUGGUUUGAUAUCAACCUGUUCAUACAUCAUGAGCUGUCAUGGCAAUAAGCUGGUGAGGAUGAUUGAUCACAUGUCAUGUAAUGUGCCUAUAUUAAAUGGCUUCUAAUAUGUUACUUGAUAGUGACGUCUCAGUCCAGCAUGUUGAUUUAUAAUAGUUUAUUAGGACCUCUUGCCCCUUGAAACUGUGCAGUCUUAGAAUUCUAACACUUAAAUGUGAGUGUUUAUAUGUAGCUAUCAUAAUUGAAUACCAUUUGCUAUUUGUUUUUCUUCUGCUUCUUAAAUUGCCUAAAAACUUUCCCCAUUUAAAGUAACUAAACUUCUGCAAUGGACAGUUGGUAUUUUAUGGUAAAAGUGUGGUUACAUACACUAGAGUUAGAAAUAUGUACUAAACUACACAAUCAGUGACCAUCAGUAGCUCUAACUGUAAUUGCACACACCUCUUGAUGGUACUACAAACUUUCCAGUAAGAUCGAAAUCUACUUGCACAUUAGGGCAAGGCAUUUAAAUUAUACACAAUUAUUUGGUAAUGUGAAUCCAUUGCCAUGAAAACAGGGACGUACUAUUUAAUUUCUUAGAUGGCAUUCCAUUUACUAAACUGCUAUUUAGAACUGGUAAUCUUGACAAAUCUAAUGACGAGUUUCAGUAAAAACAUUGAAUGCUCAUCUAGUGCCCAUCAAGCUUGCUAGUGAGUUAUACAAGUUAUAUAAGUUCAAUGCAUUUUCUUGUGUCUAAGCGAAGCAUGUACUUGGUGGUCUUCCAGAGAGCUACAGAUUUUUAUGUUGGGGUCGGGCAGGGGGACUGUUACAAUGUUACUCCUUUUCAUUGUUUGUUUGUAACCUGAUGUUGAAGAUCGUAUGUUUUUUUUAAACAACCCUGUUACCAGCCAUAAAACGUCUUUGAUGCAGAAUAUGUAACAUGAGAUGUCAUCAUUUACACAAAAAAUACAUAUCUAGCCUUUCAAGGGAAGUGCUCACUUUUAAUUGUCUUCAAACGAGUGAUAGAUCUUCCUUGAUUCUCAUAUCAAGCUCCUUGUGUCCACAUGUUUGUCUUGCAUUAAAAAGCACAUGGGAGGGGGUGUCUUUUUAAACUUGCGCACAAUUUAUAAGUGAAAAAGAAAACAUACGUAUACAUUUAUUGUCCUUCUUUCCUGUUUCUUAUGAUCUUUAAACAAAAUCAUGUUUCUGGGAAGUGUAGGGUCUGCAUGUGUUUUUAAGUUCCGAGCAGCAGCUGUUGCAUUUUUAGUUAUAUGGGAUGGUCAUUAUUUUCCAGUGAAGUAUGUUUCAUUAUUUGUUGGCACUUUCAUAUAUCCGCUGUAAUUGUGUGUAUUUUUUUAUUCCAUGUAAAUCUAUGUACACUCUACAAGUGUAGCUAGAUUUAAUCUAGGCCCUGAGAGCAUUCCAGAAUACCAUAGGCUUGUGCAGGUUUGUAUAAAUGUGGUGUGUGUGUAUAUUUGUAUAAUUUUUUAUUUUUUUUAAACCCCCUUCUUUGUAUGCAAGUUGAAACGGUGGCGAAUGAUCAACAUCCCUCCUUGAAUAUUGACUGCAUGCUUUGUAAAGAGUACAUAAAAAAAUGUUGUCGUAGAGACCACUUUAUGUACAGUUAGACUGAUCCUUUAACGGCUUAGGUUCAGCCUUUUUAUGUUUACAACAAACUAUAUCUGAAAUGUUUCAGGAAGCUGCGCAAGUUUUAAAGUUUAGUUGGGAUUUAGUUUCUCCAUAGACCUAUACUGCGUUCAGUCUACCACUACUUUGGAGUGCUUCAAUAUCUGGGAUUCCAAGCUGAAUUUUAACAUAGCAGAUAAAUAGAACACUGGCACCAAGCAAUUCCUCUGUGAUGUUGAAAUUACAUCAAUAAAUAUUAAAAAGCAGUGCAGGACGUUUCUAUCAAAUCAGUAAAUAAAAAGGGCCUAUGUUCACUCCACACAUAGUAUGCAUUAGUAAUGAACAUAUCCAGAAAUACUUUUUAGGAUAUUGAAUACCAGUGCUGGACAAAUAUGCAGUGUGGGUUAUUCCAAGCACCUUGAAGAACAGGUGUGGUUGAAGGGUAGAGAGGCAUACUGUUGUAAAAUUACAGAAGCUGGCAAAGCAUUGUGGGAAAUGUAUUUAUACAGUAUCUUGGAGAGAUGCAUUUUUGUCAUGCCUGCUUCAGAAUAUAUAGGCAUUGGUUUCUUGGUCCUGUAGAAAGCAACACUCAGCCAUUUUACAGGCUCUGCCUUCCUAAAUAUAGUCCUGUAAUGCUUAUAUUUAGGAGUUGCUGCUUCAAUUUAUUUCAUAUGCAGUAGCUACAGAAACAAAUAUAAUAAACAAGAUAGAAUAGCUUUUAUACCUCCAACAGCCAUUGCUCAACUUCCAUGAUUUUUGAUUAGCUGUAUAAUGAAACAAUUAGUUUCCUCAUUUCAAGUCUCUCCACUCCAUGCUUUUGAUGUACAGUAUGUAGUCUCUUUUUCCACCGUUCUCAUGCACAGCUGUGGAUGCAACAGUUGUGCAUAUUUACAGACCCUUUAGUAAGGUGUUAAUUAUCAGGAAUUUCAAAGUGAAUUUAUUAAUGAACAGGGUUAUUUACUAAAGUGAAUUUAAAGUGAAAUCAAAAUAAACUUCAAAAUUUAUGGCCAAAAAACUGAAUUGUAAAAAUUCUCCCAAUCAGCUAUGCUUUCAGUUCUGUUGUUUUUGGCCUUAAAUUUUGAAGUUUAUUUUGAUUUCACUUUAAAUUCAUUUUAGUAAAUAACCCUGUUCAUUAAUAGAUCAUGUUACAAAUAAGUAUCAACAUGACUGCCUUCAAGAGAUUUUUUAAAUAAAUAUUCACUAACUGGGUUGUGGUGAGUGACCGCAAACUAGAAGUAGACUAAUGGAAGUAGACAAAAAUGCAUAUUCACUAGCCUUCCAAUGCUUAUCUUUGGGAUAGCAUUUUAUAGGUUUGAGAUAAUCAAUCUUGAUUAUCUCAGCCAAGGAGGGGAGACCAACGACAAAGACUAGUACUGCCUGGAAAAAUAGGUAAGUAAAAGUAAUUUACCUCCUACCUCCUUCUAGCAGGUGGUGGCUUUUCAACUAAAUGGCAAUCAGGGCACUAUAGAAUUAGGUAUAUACAUUUAUAUUCCUAAUGCUACAGUAUUGCUUUAAUUAGUGUUACAAAUCAAGGUUUAAAGUUUCGAUUUCACAAUAAAAAUCAACUUAUUCAUUAAACUCUGACUUAACAUUGAGUAAGCUGAGGCUUUUCACACAGGUGUGUGAUUUGAAUUUGAUGUGUGAUUGGUCACUCGGGCAAAUAAACUACAGCAUUAGUAGACAAAUUAAUCUGCAAUGACAUUUCGCUUAUAGAAACAACCCAUUGAUAUAUACAUGUGUGAAGUAUCUGUAGUAUGAAGAUUAGUUAACAACCUUAACAUGUUAAUCUAACUGCACAAAGCAUUCCCCCCCCCCCCUUCUCUCAUACUCAAAAUGGUAAUCCGUGGAAAGAAAUUUAAAAAAAUGUUCUGAAUUGAAAAGUAAUGAAAAAAUUUGGACCACCGUGUAAACCAAUGGGACUUAAUGGGAACAUUCCUCUGGUUUCCAUAGUGGUUUGCAUUCUUUCUAGAAAUGAUCAACUCCUGUAUUUCUAUGUGCUACACUUUUAUAAAUGUGUCCUAUGGUUAUCAAUUUCACCAAAUUACCAGUUUCCUGUUCACUUAAAUUGAUUUGCUUUGGCCACUCUUGCAGUUUAUUAUAUUUUCAGGACAUUUGCAAAUUGGUAAGCUUUUGCUUUUCUUCCCCUAUUGCGGUCUAUAUUUAAAUUUCUUCAUUUUUCCAGGGGUCAUUUGCUGAAGCUUAGUGCUAAAAUGUGGCAGGUAUCAUAAACCAGUGUCUUUCAUGAGGUGCUGUAAUAAUUGAACUGUCCCUUGAUUACUAGUGAUCCUCUUAAAUGUUGUAUAUAAAAUGUAAUGCUCAAACUAUUUUGCUAUCAGCAGUGUCUUUGGAAAAAAUCAACAGUACUAAAUUAUGAAAUAUGGAUUAAACUGUCUUUGUUCCUUCAAA